CAUCCAAAGCAUGACGGAUCGUGUCAAUUGACAACAGUCACCAAUACAAACUCCAUUAUGCUUCGUAACCCCAUAAAUACAAGUCUAACGCCAUGUUAAGCACGUCAAAAUGCCAACCAACCCAGAGAUCUUCGCCAUCGGCCAAGAAGCCCUCAGACAAUGGAGUCUCAACAAACUCUACGUCUACCGCACACCCCUCAUCCCAUCCAGAACCAUCAAUAAAAAGUACGGUUCAAAACUCUGGUUCAAACUCGAUCACCGUCAGUUCACUGGCUCUUACCACUUCCGCGGUGCCAUAGCAAGAAUGAAGGACAACCCUUCGAAAAAGCCAUUCGUCACAGCGUCGACGGGGAAUCAUGCCAUGGGUGCUGCACUUGCGGCGCAUGCACUCGGGACAAAAGUCACUAUUGUCAUGCCAAUGGUAGUUGAGAAACAUCUGCUUGAUAAGGUGAUACAGUACGGUCCUGAGAUUGUGCGAUACGGGCAUGAUCUCAAUGAAGCGAGAGCGUAUGCAAAAGACCUCGCUGAGCAGUUAGGCCAUAUAUACUUCUCACCCUGUGAUGAUUUGAUGCUCCUCGCAGGUCUAGGCACCGUCUGCGUCGAAGUCCUCCAGCAAUUCGAAGCCUACGGGAAGGAUAUCCACAAUAUCUUCGCGCCCAUGAGUGACAUUGCACUCAUAAGUGCCAUAGGCUGCUUCGUCACAGACGCAAAAAGACAAGCUGGCGAUUUACGGCCCAAAGUCAAAGUCUGGGGCGUCACAGCACUAAACUCGAUGACACUCGCUGCUUCACUAUCCGCUGGAUUUCCCAUCGAGACGGAGACUUCACCUACGAUUGCUGCGUGCGAAGAAGAUAAUGACGUUGUACGGGAUGGGAUUGACUUUCGGAUGGCGAGGGCUACGGUUAAUCAUGUCGUUGCCUGUACGGAGGCGGAGAUUCUGGUGGCGUUGAGACAGCUUCAUUUGAAGGAGAGGCAGUACGUUGACGGGUUUUCGGCAUUGGCGCUCGCUGGGUUUCAUAAAGUUGCUGAUAGGGUCAAACAUCAAAUUAGUACUGUUAUCUUGUGUAGUGGGAACUACGAUAGGGAUAGGAUGGCGAAGCUGGUUUAUGGGACGUGAUAUUUUCCGGUUAUGCAUAGAGACAAGCCUGGACUUCAUAUCGUCAAAUUGAUUUCUUCUGUUC